AUGGUGAAUCCCGACCAGAACACAGGUGGAAUACCCGCGCCAUACGGACGGGCUUGCACUAAUUGCGUCCGCGCUAAAUGCAAAUGCAUACUUGCUACCGAGAGCGAAAAGUGCGAAAGAUGUCUUCGCCUGAACAAGGACUGCAAAUCAUCUGAGCCAAGCCGGAAGCGCAAGCGCUCAGCUUCAUCCAAGACACAGCAUCUCGAAGCCAAGCUUGAUAGCAUAGUCUCAAUGCUGCAGGCCAACGGUGCAAGCACUGGGCUUCCAGUAGACUGGGAAGCUGUGGCUCAUGCUCAGGCUCAGAGACAGACGCCACGCGAUGUCUCCAUUCAGAUUGGAUCUUCGGUUGCUCGAACGCCGGCUAGUACUGUCUCGCCGUCGACGACGGAGCAUGGAGGGUCGUCUAAUUAUGACGAUAUCUCUUCGGCCAUAUCUAUCUCGCCUGCGGUGGCACAAGAGAACCUUGACAACUUUCGCAAUCAGAACCUUCAGUAUUUGCCUUUUGUGAAUAUUCCGCCUCAUAUCACAUCUGAGCAUCUCCGCAGUCAGCAGCCGUUUUUCUGGACGUGUAUCAUGGCCGUGCUUACCCCGGGUACCCUGGAGAGCGACGGCGUCUUUAAGAAGAUCACCGAUUUUAUUCAGCAAAGGCUUAUGGCGGAGGCUUCGCCAAGUAUGGAUCUGCUUCUUGGUGUUAUGACGUUUAUUUCAUGGGUUACAUACGCCAAAAGGCCGUUCCUUAAUUUUUAUGCACACAUACUCAUUGGAAUUGUCUCCGACCUUGGAAUCAAUAAGAGUGUUCCAAAUGAAUAUUCGACUAUGCAAGCAUUCAAGUGUGCUAUUGGCUGGAGGCCAAAUCCACCUACAGCAAGAACACUGGAGGAGCGGAGGGCAGUGAUGGGUUGCUUUUUGAUUACAUCAAGCGUUGCUUUGUCAAUGUUCAAGAUCGAUGCGUUACGCUGGACUCCACACAUGGAAGAAAGUCUUUCAGUACUCGCCGAAGCCAAGGACUGCAAGGAAGAUCAGCUCUUAGUUACACUUGUCAAGAUCCAGCUAGUGAUAGACCGAGUUUAUCAUGCCCGCCGUGACGGCGAUUCCUUGAACCCAUUGGCGUUUUAUCUCAAUUCCUUCCAAACCCAAUUGGAAGUCGUGAAGAGCCAGAUUCCAAUUCACCUCCAGAAAGACAAAGCCGUACUUAUGUACCUAAGCAACGCCGAACUGACCAUAAAUGAAAUCUCUAUCGUCCUCCCAGCGGUCCCCAAUGCCCCAGACCUGAAACGCCUUGACAGCCUCUACAUCUCCCUCAACGCAACAAAAGCCUGGCUAGACUUGUGGCUAAGCAUCCUACCAAAGCACUACACCGUCAUCUCCUUCGUCAUGUUCUUCCAGUUCACCCGCGCAAUCGUCAACCUAUACAAACUAUCCAUCCUGGAAGACCCAGCCUGGGAUAGAACAAUGGUCCGCAAUACGGCCAAUCUGAUCUCAUAUCUGGAGAGUAUUGAAGCAAAACUGAAAGAAGGCGUUGACCACAUCGCGACAGCUCAAGGGACGGAUAUGAACAUCCUUGAGAAAGGAUUGAAGAUGGUGCAGGGGUUGAAACAGGGCUGGGAACCCAAGUUGAAUGAAAUUUGGUAUGAUGCUCCUAUAAAUCAGGGCAUUUUGCAGGCUGGUCUCGAUGUCACCCCACCCAAUGGGCUCGUUCCUGAGGGCUUGCAGUUUAGCGGGUUUGAUGAUUCUUGGAUGAUGGAGAUCUUGGGAUCGCUUUGA